CUCCAUCUCACUUCCUCUCUUGCCUUCAUCCAGCUCCUCAACCUCCUCAUUCAAAAGUUCGAAAUCCUCAUCUUCCUCUCGUAUCAGCUGGUGUAUCUCCGCCGCAAGUUCCUGGAUAACAUUGUCAUCGUCAUCGCCUCCGAGAGGUACGGAUCCAGGCUGGAAAUUGAUCGUCGCAAGCCGAUUGAUGAGCUCCUUUAAUUGUGUAUUUGACUCCUGCAGAGCUUUCAAACGCUCGGAUAUUAGUUCGAAGGACAUUUUGCUGUUUCGGGAGUUGUAAGCCCUGUGUUGCAGAAAGUUGUGCUCUCUGGGGAAAGCUGGCAAGAAGUUGGUCUUGAAAGUUGGAGCGGCUCGGGAUUUGCCGAGCUCGUUCGGAACUUUUUGACAGUCGCGACAACGGCAUCAAUACUUCACCCAGUUUCAUUCAGAAGACUUGUUGCAGUUGCUUGCGCUGCACGAAUACUCUUCAGUCCACUACCAAAAUGAUUACCAGAUUUCUCACCGAUGUGUCGACUGCCUUCAACCCAUUCUCUCCAAAAGCAAAGACCGCCCGACUUUUCCUCUCUUUCCUCCCGCCGAACGCGCGGCAGUCUAUGAAGAUUGAUACAAAGUUAUUCCCACGGACGUCGAGGGACAAGAGCUUCGUGGCGGUGAAAUUCAAAGAUGGAAAAGAGAUGAAGCUGGACGCCGAGAAGCUGGGAAUCAAGGGUGUUGUGGAGGAGGUGGAUAGACAUUCAAGGAUAUUGGCAAGGCAGGAGGAGUUGAAUGGGAACUGA